UUUUGAAGUUAUCCUCUCAAAACUCUUUAUCUGCAUCUCACCUGAAUACUCACACAAGAAACACAAACCAUUUGCCUGCCUCUUCCCUCUCGGUCUACACUCCAAAGCACACAGACUCCACAUCUCCAUCUCCAACCACACCCACCUGAAACUUCUUAGAGAGAGAGAAAUCGGAGGCAUGAGAGAGAGAGAGAGAGUCGACGAGAGAGAGGGAGGACGUGAGAGAGAUCAGAGAGAGAGAGAGAGCGGCGGAGAAGAACCAACAGCGGCAGCAGCUCCGCCGUCUACGGCGGAGCGAUGAAGGUGACGACGGCGGGACGGUGUGUUUCCGGCGACAGUGGCCGGCGACGUUGGUGCUUCGUUUCCAGUCGAGUGAUUACGGUAACCCCCCCCAACUCUCUCGGGUUCUUUUUCUUAAAUGUCUUCAAGUGAUUAAUCAGCAGGAGACUUAUAUUUUUUUUUAUUUUUUUUUUGUGUGUCCGAUGAUGGUGACGGUGGUGCUUGGCCGAUGAGGAGCGGCAGUAAAGUGCCGCAGCCGACGACUCUAGGUCGACCGGUGACAGCGGCAGUGGAGGUUCAAGUCGGUCAACAAAGGCAAACCAGUCAACACGUCAGGUUGACUGGUCAACGCUGCUCAACGGGGGCCUCGGGUUCGGUCAAUAUUAAUCGACAGAAGAUUGGGUUCGGUUCAAGCUUGGCUCGGUCAGUUAGUCAAACUCGGUUUCGCGGUCAAACUGAGUCGACUCGGUCAAACCGAGUCAACUCAGUCAACGGCAGUCAACGCCCGGUCAACAACAGUCAACGGUAUUGUUCGGGUUCAGAUUUUGGUUUGGGUUCGGGUAUGGUGCAACUCGAUCAGAUUCAAGUGCGGGUUUCGGGUCAACAAGUCAACAUUGGUCGAACUGGUCAAAGAUGGUCAACUGUCGGGUCAAACUCAGUCAACGCAAGACCCGGUAAAGUUUAACAACGCGUUGAACUUUCUUAUACAUACGUUGGUAUAGAUUUUAGUCAGUUUACGUGAACCGAGCUCGAUCCGAUUAAAUAACGUUUAUACAUUAGUUAUUAUUUACAUUUUGGCGCUUGACGAGAA